UAUGUCUAUUAUUGAGUCAUAUAAAAGUGUCGCUAAGUUUCAAAAUAAUAGCCAAUCGUUUACCGAAAUGAUGGCCAGAAAUGCCGAGAUAUCGCACAUCAAUGAGCGCCGACUUCGGCCCAUAUAUGAUUGUUUAGACAAUGGCAACAACAAGAAAGCCCUUCAAGAGGCGGAUAAAGUGCUGAAGAAACAGAAAGACUUGACUUGUGCUAAGGUUUUGAAGGCAUUGGCACUAUUAAGACUCGGCCGACAGGAGGACAGUCUUCAGAUCCUUUAUGACGUGCAUUCAGAGUCACCGAUUGAAGACUCGACACUUCAAGCGAUGACUAUUUGUUAUCGAGAACUUCACAAAAUUGAUCUGAUAGCUGACGCCUACGAGAAUGCCAUCAAAAAGGAUCCGAAUAAUGAAGAACUUCAUUCGCAUUUGUUUAUGGCUUACGUCCGGUUAAGUAAUUACAAGAAACAGCAAAUGACAGCAAUGGGUCUCUACAAAAUCAAAUCUAAGAAUCCAUACUAUUUUUGGGCGGUUAUGAGUAUACUAAUGCAGGCGAUAACUUCUAAAGACCAAAGUAUAACUCAAAAGAUAACACUUCCUUUGGCUGAGAAGAUGUGUCAAAAAUUUGCCGACGAAAAUAAGAUUGAAGCCGAAGCUGAGGUCGAGCUCUAUCUAUUGAUUCUGGAAAAGCAAAAGAAAUACAACGAAAUGUUAGCACUUAUUGAUAGUCCUAUUGGCGCUAAACUUAACAACAAUUUAGGUUUUAUAACUAAGAAAAAGGCAGAUCUACUGAAACAUUUAGAGCGAUAUGAAGAGGCGUUUGAAACUUAUAAACAAUUGAUAGACAAUAAUAUCGAUCAAAUGGACUACUAUUCAGAGAUCAUUAAAUUAGCAGUUAUUUUAGAUGAUGAGUUGGAUAAAAAACUAAAUGGAGAUCAAAAACAUUGCUCAUCACAUAAUCUAUCAUUAGUUUUAACAUUUAUAGAGGAAUGUAUUCAAAGGGGAACUGAUGGUUCGACCACAAGUCAUCGAUUGAGAAGUCCUUAUUUAGCAAAAAUGGAUUUGUUUGAUAUCUUAAUUAGAAGACAACAAUCUCAGGGAGACGUCGACCAUCUAAUCAAAAGAGUUGCCAAAUCAAUGACUGAUCUUCUUUUUGAAUAUUUUGUUGAUUUCGGCACAAAACAAGCCAUUAUGUUUGAUAUCAUCUAUGUUUUAGAUAAAUCUUUUUUAUCUGAUGAGGAACUACAAAAUUUAGUUCUUCAGAUGAGACAAUCCAUUAGUGAUGUGUCCAAUGAUUACAACGAAUUGAAGUCAUUACACAAACACAUAGUUUGUCACUAUAUUUGCCAUUAUUUGGGACAAAACGAUCAGUUAGAUAGAGAAAGUCGACUCAAACUCGUCAAUCAUUUGAAUGAGUGCUACAAAAACUAUUACAAGAACAUUGUUUCCAUAAGUGAAAUCACGCCAACAGAGCAACAGCCAACUGAUCCCUACGCUAUUCUUAUGGCAAAUAUAUUGUUUUUAGAUAAAGAUUUAGACGACUCCUUAAUUAGUCAAACAGUUGUAAUACUUGAAAAAGUUUUAGCCAGCAGUCCGUCUAAUUUCUACAUUAAGUUAAUGUUGAUUAAGUUAUACAAUACAAUGGGCGCUGUCGGUGCUAGUCAUACGCUAAUUGAGUCGUUGGACAUCAAACACAUCAUGUAUGACACGUUGGGCUACCUGUUUACCAGUAAAAUGGUUACCGGCGCUCAUUUUACUGCCAGUUCCCAAUUGUUAGGACAUAUGCUUAAGUUUUAUUCGGCUAACUUUAAAGAUACUCUGGAGUAUCUGAUAUCAUGUUAUAAAUACGGAUCGUUUACUAAAGUUGAAGAGAUUCUCAAUCUAAGAGAAAGACUUAACAAUUCAUUGCAAUAUUGUUUGUCAGCCGUCGAGCGCAUGAUUUUGGAUCUCAUUUUAGAGCCUAAAAAUCACACGUCUACUGAAAAUAUAAUCAAUUAUAUGGAGAUUGACGUCGAAAACGAUAAGUUUGUUUGGAGUGAUAUUUGCGACAAUCGUGACUUUAGUGUCAUAAACAGUUACCACCAAAACAAAGAAAAAUUGUUGAAAGAGAAACAAAUGCAAACAUUUAAUGAUGAAAUAUUGUGGCUUAAGAUUAGGAAUCUAUUAAUCCGAGUAAUUGCUUCCUCACAUAAUCUCAAUUCAGACGUUGUCAUCAAAAAAGAGACGACAAUCACUAAUAACACUGUAGUUGACGGCCAAACAAAUGGCACUUUAAAGCGAAACUCAGCGGAUGUUUUGAGUAAUCUCUCGCUUAAGUUUAGAGAUUAUAUCGAUUGUAUGCACUCAUCAAAGUUUGCCGAUUCAUUGGUUUCACUUGAAGGCCCACAUCAAUCACGAAUUGUAUCGUUUAGUAAAUUUAAUUAUUUUGAAGUACUAAUUACUUUGAUUGACUUUAUUAUUGCCGUCAAUAAUGAUGCAAAAGAAGAUGCCUUUACCACUGAUGUCAAGUCAGCCGAUAUUUUUUCUUCUAUUGUAAACUCAUUAGAGAAUAUGACAUCAAAGACAACAACUUUGCUAUCGAUUCAGACAACUCUGGAACAGUUGACUAAUAUUGUAGAAACACUCAGUAUUUCUAUUAUAUUUAUGGGAAUCUGUCAGUCAAUAAUGAAAUCCAAAAUGAAUAUUUCAAAUAAAAAAAUUAGACGUAAAAAGGACACCACAGGAACCGCUGAUGACAUUAUCAACUCAUACGUCAAGACAUAUGUCUCAUUAGUUUCAAAGUUUGAAGAGUCGGCUCAACGUCUCGACAAACUAAUUAAAACAUUGAAUAUUAGUUCAGUCUUUUCUGAGCGUUUCAGUAGUUGUGAAAUAACGGAUUCUGAAUCAAUUGUCGACAAAAUCAAAGAUAAUGUUACCAAAAGUUACAAUCAAUCGAUUAAGGAGUUGUCAACACUUAUACAAAAUAAGAUUUUAUAUUUACAUUCAUUACGAUUGUGAAAACCUUUUAUAAGAGUAUAUAAACUAAAGGGUUGAUUGCCUUAUAUAAUAAUUUAACAAAUAACUUAUUAUUAUACAG